UCGAGGUGUGCAGUCGAGCGGUGUGCCGCGGAUUAAUUUCAGUGAAAAAAGCAGUGAAAGCAGCAAGAGUGCCGAUUUUAAUAUUACGUUCCGUUGUUUGCCGUUUUAUUCUUCGCAAAACGUGAAGUAACAUCACAGUGCUGUGCUGUGUAUAUUCAGGGAGGUUUGGGUAGCUAAUCUGUCGACAACGAUGAGUGAAAAACAGGAUCCACAAAAUGGCGAUCACCAGAACGGCCGCAACGAAGAUGAUGAGAUUCGCGAGCCGGAACACCUUCGCAAGCUGUUCAUCGGCGGACUCGAUUACCGCACCACCGACGAUACGCUGAAGGCGUACUUCGAGAAAUGGGGCAAGGUGGUGGACGUGGUCGUCAUGAAGGACCCGAAGACGAAGCGCAGCCGUGGCUUCGGCUUCAUUACCUAUUCUAAGUCGUACAUGAUUGACGAGGCCCAGGCGAGUCGCCCGCAUAAGAUUGAUGGUCGCGUGGUGGAGCCGAAGCGCGCCGUUCCGCGUCAGGACAUCAACCGGCCGGAGGCAGGCUCGUCGGUGAAGAAACUGUUCGUCGGCGGACUGCGCGAUGACUUCGAUGAGGAGCAUCUGCGCGAUUACUUCUCGAAGUAUGGUAACGUAAUUUCCGCCUGCAUCGUGACGGACAAGGAUAAUGGCAAGAAGCGCGGCUUCGGGUUUGUGGAGUUCGACGAUUACGAUCCCGUCGACAAGAUUAUCCUACAAAAAAGUCACACGAUUCAGAAUAAGCUGCUCGAUGUGAAAAAGGCUCUGCCGAAGCAAGACAUGGACCGCUACAAAAACGAUAUGGGUCGUGGUAGCGGGGGCGGCGGUGGUGGCGCCUGGGGCAACCAGCGCGGUAGUGGCGGCGGUGGCUGGAACAGCCAGCGUGGUGGUGGAGGCGGUGGCGGCUGGGGCAACCAGCGUGGUGGCGGUGCCAACGACUGGAACAGCGGUGGGUUCAAUAACGGUGGUGGUUUUAACAACGGCGGCUUUAACAACGCCGGCAGCAACUGGAACAACGGCGGUGGCAAUCCGUGGGACAAUGGCUGCGGCUCGCAGGGCCAGGGCGGCUGGGGCAACAAUGGCGGCAACUGGGGAGGCAACAGUGGAGGUGGAGGUGGUUGGGGUGGCAAUGAGUUCGGGAACAACUACCAGCAGGGCUACAACGCUGGCCCGGUGCGAGCCGGAGGCAAUUUUAAUCAGCGAGCGGCGCCCUACGGCAAUCAAGGUGGCGGCGGUUACGGUGGCAACGGGAGAUACGGGAAUAGCCGUAGAUAUUGAUAAGAAGAAAGGAAGAUGAAGAGGAACGGAUUAAAAGAGAUUGAAAGUAAGCAAACUUUGCCAUUCGCUCUACUACCAACCCAUGUUUUCACACUAAAUUCAAAUCGCUCUUACCACGUUUUUGCUAUUUGUUGUUGUUGUUGCGCGCGCCUCCUCACCACCACCAUCGAAACGAAACUCUGCCGAUCGUGUUACGCCUUUCUCACCAACUUGAUGUUGAUGUUGCUCCACUCAUCGCCACCACUAAAAUACCUCUACUGUUCUUGUUGUUGCCUCACCGCCGACCACACGCCACGCGCCCGUGUUGCUAACCGUAAUUAUUCCGUUGCACCUUUGCCCCGCUCAAUCCAGAUGGACCCUCUACCGCACAUAAACGCGCAGACCGAAGGUACAAAUCAGUUUUAGAAACAGCUAGCUAAAACACAGAGUCAUUGCAAACCAAAACACACAGUCGUGAGAAAAGCGUAAAUGAGAAGGGAGGCUCAGUGUUAAUGGCAGUAAACAAAGAGAAAAGAAAAGGGCUCGGUGUGGGAGACAGGACAAACGAUGGUACGAUCGGAUAGGCCACGCAGCAGCACAGGAAUUCUCGAUCUCCAGGGGCCAGAAGAGACGCGAAGGUGCGGAAACGGUUUGAGAUAUUGAAUAGUGGAGCUAAAUAGUAUCUCACCAAUCGAUAGACAACAAAUCAAAAAAGAACCGAAGUCAGCAUCGCGGCAGGUGCAGCAGCAAAGCAGAGCAGAAGAGAGCCUUAUCGUCAGUUUUGGGUGGCCAUGCUUCUACACACAAUACAGCACAGGAGGAGAAGAGAGGAGGAGUCGUUGGUCACAUAAGUUUGAGAAAGUGCAACAGAAAUCCACACACAGGAUCAUCGCGCGUCCCCUCACAGUCGAUGGGAAUUCUCGAUCACCUUAAGAGGACAAAAGAGGAUAAAAUAGCGCAAUGGUAGCGAGUCCUUACAGAAGAGACCACAGGAUUUGCUUCUCAACUCCCCCCUUUCCACUCUACGGCUUUAGGAGAUAGCAAGCUUUCAUCCACUUUGAGGUGCUUCUCGUUCAGAAGGCAUCGUUACGGUCGUCCGGUUUCCUUACUCCAUCGCUUGCACCUCUCUUCUGAUUGGUAUUGUUGGCUGACGUAGCAAAAUGCCAGCAUAAUAUGUCUGCACAUCAAGAGCAUAGCAACAAUUUACGAAGCAAAUCUGCUCGUGCUUUUGUAAGUUUAAUAAGGCUUCUUCGAACGACAAAUAGACGACAAUCCUGCAAAAAUACACGUUCAUGGAGUAGAAACCUAUGCCCAAUACACGGUGAAGCAACAAUAAGAGAAUCGCACCCAAUCGAAACCACCGGGUGUGCAUCCUAAGCACUUACGAUCUCGUUGAGCAAACAGGAAGUGAAAAAAAGCGAAAGGUUUAUUCCGCCGUUUGCUACUUUUGACCGCAUGCAAUUAAUGCGCACCAAAACAACUACGCGUGUGCACGCCACCUUUGAAUGUUGCAGUUCGAUCUGCGAAACAACCAGCAAGUAAUAACAUAUUUAUUAACUAUUAAUGUGUAGGUUUAUGGAAAAAAAAGAAACAGCUUAGCGCGUAAGAAAACGAGCCGCCAGCAGGUGUAGAGAUUUUGGGUUUAAACACGUUUUAUUUGUCACACAUUUUGAACAAGUUUUAUACACACAAACACAUACCAACCCCCCCCCUUACCUUAUUCGUAAAAAGGAAACCAUGUUCAGAUAAUUGGAUAAAGUGUACUAUCCAUCCAUGAAGGGAAACUUUCCACACAUAAGGGUAGAAAUUAACGUCGCGGGGGGGAAGAGUAACACGAUUGAAGAAGGGCAUAUCUAGUGAAGCAGUAUAAAACCAACAUUAGAGCAGAAGCAAAAGGGACUAACGUACAUUGUGUAGUGCAAAACAGUGUUUAAGUACCAAUUUCGAUAAGGAAGAUCAUAUACCUUAAAGAAAGCAAGAAGAAAUCGUCCAGGGAACAUAGAACAUGACCAGGAUUUAGGUGUCCUGCAGGAAAGAGAAGACAAGAAUGGCAAAAACUGUACUGAAAAUUAGUAGUCUCUCAACUUUUCAUUUGUGUAUAUAAAUAGUACUAUAAUUAUGCUUUUUUUCUGUAAGGUUUAAACUGACUUUUAUGUAACUGCUGAAGGGCGAUCGUUAGAUCUACAAAAUAGAGAGGGUUUACUCUAAAAUUUAUCUCACUCUAUGGAGUGAUUAAGGAUGUUCGUUUCUUUUGAAUAAAGCUGCAAUAACAACACGAUAGGAAGAGCAUGUGCGACCCAGAAAAAAAAACAGUAGAACCCAAUCAAAGUUUCGUUCAGUAACCAAACCAAACCCUACUUACAGUUCCACUUAAAUUACGCACUGAUUGAUUUGUUAAUUUUCCGACAGACUGUAGUAGCGUUCUUUAAAAGAUGAGAAAGAGGUCGUUGCAAGUUCAUCCACUUAAGGCAGGAAUAUGAGAAACUAGAGAAUACAGUAAUAUUAUCUGACGGAUCGCGCAUACAUAUUCGAGAGUAAGUUCUUGUCGCAGAAGCAACCAGAAAACAAAUAAACAGAAAAGCCAAGAGAG